AUGAAGCUGCUGCUGCUGUGUCUGGGGCUGACAGUGGUCUGUGCCCACCAUGAAGAGAACCAUGACGUCGUGACAAGCAAUUUCGACAUGUCAAAGCUUUCUGGCGAGUGGUAUACCAUUCUCUUGGCCUCAGACAUGAAGGAAAAGAUAGAAGAACAAGGUAGCAUGAGAAUGUUUAUGGAAUACACCCAGGCCUUGGAUAACUCUUCUCUGUUACUGAAAUAUCAUAAGAAGAUCAAUGGAGAGUGUGCUGAACUGACUUUCAUUUGUGAUGAAACAGAAGAGGAAGGUGUAUAUAGUGUCUUCUAUGAUGGAUACAAUAGGUUACAAAUAGCUGAAGCAGACUACGAUGACUAUUAUAUAAUGUAUUUCUUGAAUUACAAUAAUGAGAAAAUAUCCCAACUGGUGGUGCUCAAUGGACGAAAACCAUAUGUGAGUCUAGAACUGAAGAAAAGGUUUGAGAAACUUUGCGAAGACCAUGGAAUCCUGAAGGAAAAUGUGCGGGACUUGACCAAUGCUGACCCCUGUUCCCAGGACUGAUGGAACCACAGAGCCCAGGCCUCCAGUGGCCAGUGAGUGCUUCCUUCCAUGGUCCCCAUAUCAUCCUGUGAGAAGUUCUGUGACCUGAU